AAUCAACUACCAUGCUCAAGGACGAGGAGCCCCAGGCGGCCGUUCAUGGCCUCAAAACCACUCCUGAUGGCCUCGUGCUCGACCCACAGCCAUCAGACAACCCCAACGAUCCUUUGAACUGGGAGCCUUCAAAGAAAAACCUUACGCUCGCAAUUUGGGCGCUUGCCUGCUUUGUCUGUGAAGCUACUUGUUUGACGAACACGCAAGGAUCAUACCUCCAGGUGCCGCUUUACCAUAAGACGGCGACUCAGAUUUCUCUCUCCGUAUCAUUCGCUCUAAUUGGCCUCAUUGUCGGUGCCGUCCUCAUCAUUCCUCUUAGCCGUCGGUACGGUUCUUGCUUCUGCCUCUUCUGGUCGACUAUCGGCCAGCUUCUCACCUCAGUGUGGUCCGCUCUGAUGACCGCCCCAUCAGACUACACCCCGUUUCUGAUAUCCCGUCUUGUUUCUGGUCUCUGCGCAAGCGUUCCCUUGAUACUUGGCUCGGAAGUCGUUUUGCAGACCUUCUUUCGCCAUCAGAGAGGCAAAUGCCUCCAUUUUAUCCACAUUCCCUAUCUCCUGGGGAUCUCGAUGGGUCCGACAAUAGGUGCAUAUAUCGAUGGGCGGACUUCCUGGACAAUUUCUUUCUGGUAUACGGUGCCGCUGAACGGCGUGUUGGCUGUAUUGAUUCUCGCCCUUCUCGAAGAUACGUACUUUACUGAGGAUGAGCAAACAAAAGUCUCUUUGUUACAGCGAAGGUGGAAUACCUACGCAUGUGGAAGGGCAAUACCGCCGUCGUCUAGGGUUAGUUGGAUGGAGUUUAUUUUUAUUCUCUACGAUAUCCUGCUUGUCACAUUCUCCCCUGUCUCUGUCAUAAUAGGAUUCUUCAUCAUGGUUGACUUUGGCUUCGCUACAAUGGCUUUCGUCCUCAACGUUACAUUUCUCGAGGCUCCCCGAGAUGAAGGUGGAUACGGCAUGUCGAAGAUGGCAGUGGCUUCAUUCACCAUUACCCAAACAAUCGGCGUCCUCCUGGUAGAAGUGUACGGCCAUUUCAUCAGCGAUAGACUUCCAUUUUACAUCCUUCGCCGAAAGACCAAAGCGAAUGAGAUCGAACCUACGGAAUGGAGUCCAGAAUACAGACUCCACUGCCUCUGGUUCCCAGUGGUUCUGCUCCCCAUCGGUCUCGGCCUCUUUGGGGCAAGCCUGGAGUAUCAUUUCCACUGGGCGAUUUUGGCACUUGGAUACCUUUUGAUUAGUGUGGGUGCAAUAUCGACCCUCCCUAUUACAAUGACAUAUCUUUGCGAGUGUUUCCCGAAUCAUGUUUCAGAGGUGGCGGCGGCAUUGGGCAUCUGGAGACUUAUCUUGGGAUUGCUCACGACUGUAUUCAUCACACCAUGGAACAAUAGCUUUGGUCCUGGAUGGGUGUUUGGAUCUUCUGGGCUGUUUACAAUUCCUGCAUUUGGAGGGGUGGUUGUUCUGAUGGUGUUUGGGAAGCAGAUUAGGGGAAUGGGUUUUCGCAGGUUGCGAAGGUGAUGCGUAUGGACUUGAGGGUGGUUGUGAUAUUGGUCUGGUG